AUGUGCCAUCAAAUUACUUGGUACCAUGCCGUCUGCUACCAUCAGGACUCCGCCUACAACCUCCGCAUCUCAUGCAGACAAGCCUUGAAGGUAGGGUAUGAAUGCUACAGACUUGAAUGCACCCUCAUCCCUGUGUUCGGGGCAUGUCUGUCCUGCAAGCAUGAAAAGAGUCUUGCAAAAGGGAAACUUAGCCCGAUGCGGGCAUGCGCAGAUGAGAGUUCGAGACCACAGACCCCGGGCACUUUUUCGAGCACUCUCUCUAACGUGGAAACAGAGCUAGAACCGCAGUAUUCCGUCGGAAAUGAUAGUGGUAUUUUCCUCGAUGGCGGCGACGAAGACGUGGUGGGUUUUGGCGAGGAUAAUCAUAUAGAUGAAUUGGAGCUGUUUGAUUUGAUCACAUUUUGA